GGUCAUGACUUGCUGCUGCCUCUUCACUUUCAUUUCCUUGUGACCCCCAGAUCAUUGUGUGAACUUGCCUAUGGCCCACUGAUCUAGCCCUGCCCUCCGGGUAGGCCUGUGGUUCUUGAGAGACCCCUUCCUUGGCUUCCGAGGUGACUGAUCUUUCAGUGCACGUGUCCUCCCCAGCCCUCUAACAGGACCCUGGCAAUCCUGCAGUUCCUGUCUUCUGUCAGUCAUUUUCUGCCCUUUCAGCCCCCUCUGUCUUUCCAGGAUGGUCUCAUCUGCUUUCCAAGAUCCGUGCCCCUCAGAGCCACUGUGUUGCACAAUUCCAGGGGACACUGUUCAGGCCCAUUCUUUUGGAUGGUGCCGUAGACUGCAGCGCGGAGUGACCCCGGGAAUGUGCAAUGCAGCCCCUGCUCCGGUGGGAGGGCGUGAGUCCCGUGACCUAUGAGCGUCUCCUUCCCAAUGAGUCUCCCUGUGACUUCCCUAUUUCCCUCAUCCCAGAUUAACUCAACAGUAUCGCUUCCUGGGGGUGGGUCUGGCCCCCAAGAAGAUGUGAAGCCACCAGUCUUAGGUGUCCGGGGCCUGCACUGUCCACCCCCUCCAGGUGGCCCUGGGGCUGGCAAACGCCUGUGUGCAAUCUGCGGGGACAGAAGCUCAGGCAAACACUAUGGGGUGUACAGCUGUGAGGGCUGCAAGGGCUUCUUUAAGCGCACCAUCCGCAAGGACCUCACCUACUCUUGCCGGGACAACAAGGACUGCACGGUGGACAAGCGCCAGCGGAACCGCUGCCAGUACUGCCGCUAUCAGAAGUGCCUGGCCACAGGCAUGAAGAGGGAAGCGGUACAGGAGGAACGUCAGCGGGGAAAGGACAAAGACGGGGAUGGGGAGGGGGCUGGGGGAGCCCCCGAGGAGAUGCCUGUGGACAGGAUCCUGGAGGCAGAGCUUGCUGUGGAGCAGAAGAGUGACCAGGGCAUGGAGGGUCCUGGGGGAACCGGGGGUAGCGGCAGCAGCCCUAAUGACCCUGUGACUAACAUCUGCCAGGCAGCUGACAAACAGCUGUUCACGCUGGUCGAGUGGGCGAAGAGGAUCCCACACUUCUCCUCAUUGCCUUUGGAUGACCAGGUCAUUUUGCUCCGGGCAGGGUGGAACGAGCUGCUCAUCGCCUCCUUCUCCCACCGCUCCAUCGAUGUCCGAGACGGCAUCCUGCUCGCCACGGGCCUCCACGUGCACCGCAACUCUGCCCACUCUGCAGGCGUGGGAGCCAUCUUUGAUCGGUCCCUCUCCAGGGUGCUGACAGAGCUAGUGUCCAAAAUGCGUGACAUGAGGAUGGACAAGACAGAGCUUGGCUGCCUGAGGGCAAUCAUUCUCUUCAAUCCAGACGCCAAGGGCCUCUCCAACCCCAGUGAGGUGGAGGUCCUCCGGGAGAAGGUGUAUGCCUCCCUGGAGACCUACUGUAAACAGAAGUACCCUGAGCAGCAGGGACGGUUUGCCAAGCUGCUGCUGCGCCUCCCUGCCCUCCGGUCCAUUGGCCUCAAGUGUCUGGAGCACCUGUUUUUCUUCAAGCUCAUUGGCGACACUCCCAUUGACACCUUCCUUAUGGAGAUGCUCGAAGCUCCCCACCAGCUGGCCUGAGCCUGGACCCCGACUGGUGCUCCUCACCCUCCGGGGUGCGCAUCCAGCAGAGACUCCCAGCCUGGGGCAGGGAGGGAGGGAGAGAAGGGGCCAUGUUCCCCGGCUCUCUGGGGACGAGUGAUGUAGGGCCAAAGCAGAGACCUUUUAGGGGGUCCGUUACCUCUAACCCCAAGGCGUUUGCUUCAGAUCCCAAGUCCCCGGGGCUCCAGAGUGCUGCCAGGGCUGGGGGCUUCCCCAGAGUGGCCUGGUGUCCUUGGUUCCCUGUAGUCUCCCAUCCCCUGCCAGGACUGGUCUCCUCCCCCCGCAAAAAGCCCUGGCCCUGCUCCCAUUCACGUGAUCCUGCCCCAUGUCUUCCCUCCCCUAGAGAUGGAUCAUGGGGGGCAGGCCCCCCAAACUGAUGGACAUGGGAGCAGGGUUCUGACAGGCCUUCCUCUUCCCCAAGCCCAGCAGCUGGGCCACUCUGGGAGAGGAGGGGUCCUGUCGCUGGCUCCUUUCUAGGGGCCCCUGGUGCACUCACCUUCUGCUUCAGCCAGACUGAGGAGCAAGUGGGGGAGGAGGCAACCUGCGAUUUUUAAUUUCCUCCGAGGACAGAGACUUGCAGUUAGUCUCAGAGAAGUACUGUACUUCCCCAGGUUGACUAAGACAUGCCGGUGGUGGAUGCGGCUGUUUGGGAAAGGCAGGGCCCUAAGUUGGUCAGCCCCUGGGGAUCUCCAACCACUGGCUUGUGCCCACCUUGGCCCCUCGGCCCCCAUCUCCUCCUGUCUAACUGGGGCCCUGCCUUGAUGGCCUUGGGUGGACGACGAAGGCCAAGUACCGUCCCAUGAGUGUAGUCCUCAGGGCCUUCCCGCCCGCCGCCCCGUAGGAUGGGAAUGCGCACGGGGGCGCGCAGGAGUCUGGCCCAGGAACCGAGGGGAGGUGGCCGGUCUGCAGAUGGCGCGCCGGGGCUGCACGGUUUCUGCCCUGCAGCUCUGCUCUUCCGGUCCCUUACCCUCCUUCACUCACACACAUAAACUCGCUUUCAAAUUAAAAUCGCUGCUUUUCUGGA